UGGUAACAAGGAACAAUAAGAGGGGUAUAUAAGACAGCACUGUGUGAGGGUGUUCUUCUCUGUAGAACUCUGUAUCUGCAUUGAACAACCUUCUUGCAAGAAUAAAAUCAACACAGACAUUUUAAAUAUUUGUGUCAUUACAUUCUCACCACUAAAGGAAUAAACAAUUUUUCCACAACACCUUUCAAAAGAGACCUUAGGAAUGCUAUGGAGUAGAUUAUAUGUAUUUUUGUUCAUUGCCUCAACAACAAUGCAUGCAUGAGAAGACUCCAUCUCAUAGCUUUUCUAAUAAAAAAGGCAUUUCUUGCCUCAUUCUUUACUUGUGGAAUCAAGAGGAUUUUAAUGCCACAAUCUAUGUGCAUUCUGUGUUAAAUGUAUGUAAUUAUAUUGAGGAAAAAACUUCUACAGUAUGUGAAAGGUGAGUUGACCAUUUCCAUUGAUUGUGUUUCUAGCAUGCACAUGAAUAAUUAAUGUUACCUUUUCCAUUAUAUAACAGUUGUAUCAUCUUUUUACUAGCACGUUUUAAUGUCUCUGUGUAUGGCCAUGUCUCUUGUUUUCUAAAAAUAUAAGGUCAUGCUGUCUGAUUAGGUUACAUGCAUUGAAAAUGUGUCUUGAAGAAAAAUAUUCCACAUUCACCAUUUAAUGAUUGUGUAUAUGGUUCCUUUAAAUGUUACAUUGGCAACUGCAUCAGAUUUUUAAGUAGAGGUUAUUCUAUAAAAUGAAAUUUUAUUUAUUCAUUCUUUAUUCAUUGUUGUGCUGUAAAGUUAAGAAUUUUGUACUUCAUUUCAUAGCAUUGAAAUGCAUCAAAAUAAUUCCAUGCAAAAGCUUUUUUGAAAAUAUUCUUGAUUUAAGGUCACACAUUUCAUUUUCAUCCCACUGAAUCAAGAACAUGAGACUACUCUGUAUUGCUUUUCUAAAAACAAAAGGGCGUUUCUUGUACAACACCGUAUGCCGAACACCAUAGCUUUGGACCUUCGCCCACACCAAAUGUUUCUUGUGAACUCACCAAGCAAUUUGUUCCAAAAGAUGAACUAGAUGACAUCCUUGAACGAAGAGCAAAGGAGUUCAAUCAACACCAACACAGGAUGAAGACAAACACAAAAAUUCUUAUUGCCAAAGCCAACUGCCCACUCCAGUAUCCUACUGGUUUCAGGGUAGCUCCUCUGCAGAAAAGUUUGAUACCAGGUCUCGCUCUUCAAACACAAAAAAGAAGGGUAACAACAAACAAGAGGGAGGUGUACAAGGUGUCUUUGAGUGUGAAGAGUGGAGUGCUUUCAGUGGAGAAUGUUCUCGAUGAACAGCAGGUGGAUGGACAGGGUCAGAGUGAACUGAGCAUAUCAUCCAGCAACCUCACACAACUCAAUGAUCUGCUGUCUAGAGUGACAUACACCAGUACCAUCUAUCACAUUAAUACAAUUGACAUGGUUCAUUUCUCUUUUGAGGACCAUGAGGCCAUGUUUCCCAUCAUGAUUAGGAGACCAACAGUUCCUGUUCUUUAUGACCCCGGAAAGGAUAUCAACUCACAAGUGACCGUAAUUACCAAGACAUUUCUGAGGUAUAAGGAGCUGAAAGUCCUCAUCCAGAGUAUCCGGGAUUUUUACCCAAAUAUCAAGAUCAUUGUUGCAGAUGACAGCCUGAAGCCUGAGAAUGUGUCUGGAAACAACAUAGAGCACUACAUCAUGCCUCCUGCACAGGGCUGGUUUGCAGGCAGAAAUCUGGCUCUAUCCCAACUCACAACUAAAUACUUUCUGUGGGUCGAUGAUGACUUUGAGUUCUUGAAGGACACACGGAUCGAGAGUUUUGUGGAGAUUAUGGAAGCCAUUCCAGAUCUAGAUGUUGUUGGUGGUGAGGUCUCAGGUAACCAGUUCCAGUUCAUUUUUGAUUAUGAUGAGGGAACCGAAAAAGAAGGUGGCUGUCUAAGGCGUAUUAAAGGAGGGUUUCAUCAGCCACUUUCAGGCUAUAACGGAUGCUUUUUUGUGGAUGGUGUCACUAAUUUUUUCUUGGGGAGGACUGAAGCGGUGCGAAGAAUUGGCUUUGACCCAUUCCUUAAAAGAGUUGGACACACCGAGUUCUUCAUUGAUGCCCUUGGAAAACUGCUGGUUGUUUCAUGCAAGGGUCUUUCUAUCGGUCACCAGACACACCGGGAACAGAAACAAUAUGACUCAUACCGGACUCAGGAUAAACUUGAAGAGGAGAGAAAACUGGCCCACCAUUUUUUUAAGAAUUAUCUCAAAUGUAUCAAGUACUGAUUAGUAUUUAGUUCUGAUAAUUUUGGGAAAUAAUGGACAACAAAUCUGAUUAUCGAUUAAUCGCAUCUGUGCACUGUGAACAGAUAACAUCUGCCAGUCACUUUACGUAGUGAAAAAAGCAUUUCAAUGGACAAAAUGCACCUGAAGAAUAACAGAGGACAGAGUGACUUGCUGCGGGAGAAGUGCACAGCCUAAGUUGCCCUAAACACAAGAAUGCUUUAUAUGAAGAGCUUCAAAAUAAAUACAUAAGCAUAACGUUUAAUGUAACUUGCCCUGUGUGAGCGUAGAGUUUGAGACAUGAUUUGUCAUGAUAAAAUGCCAUUUACUUUCACCCUCUGAAUUCUAUUUGUCAAGAAAUAGAACACAGAGGGUGAAAGUAAAUGGCAUUUUAUCAGAUGUAUUAUGUUCAUCCACUGGUUCACCCCAGGGCUGUGUUCUUUCACCUUUAUUUUAAAUUUUGUAUAUGAAUAUGUGCCAAAGUAACCAUGUAAAUAGGACUAUAUUGAAAUUUGCUGAUGAUUUAGACAAGAGGCUUGUCUCCAGGAUAACAGAUCACUCAGUUGAGGCUUUUAAUUGGUGUAUACAUCACACAGGUAAAAGACCAAAUAUAAGAUCCUUCAGACUGUAGGUCAACAUUUGCAUUUCUCCAUCAUUAUGUAUGUCACAACAUUCUGAUUUUAUUUGAAAUGCUUUGAAAUGGUGUGACUUGUCAGUUUACACUCACCUAGGUGGAUUGUGCUACGGGACAAGGAACUGGAUCAAGGAGACCUCCAUGUCAGCAGUCACAUAUUACUGGUCUGUGCCUCUGUAAAGAGAGAUCAGAUGUCACAGUAUUCGUGUUUCUUGCCAUUUCAUCCAUUGUCGUUAAGGAUAUAGCGCUACCUGAUCAUUUCUGUAUUUUCUUUGAUAUAUUGAUCUCUCCGACUGUUGAAGUUAGAUUUAUCUCGGUCAAAAAGCGAUGCUUAAAUGAGAAUACUAGUGCACUGUUUAUGAAGGCUAUAUCUUUAACACCAAGCAUAUCUGCAGACUCUGUUGAUUUUCUCCUUGAUUCUUUUAACUCAAAAGUACAGAAUGUUAUUGAUAACAUUGCUCCUGUGAAUGUCAGGAAGAAAAGUAGCAGACAAAAAGCACCGUGGAGAAACUCAACAGCAGUGCAAAAUAUGAAAAGACAAUGCAGAAAAGCUGAGCGCAUG